GGGCGGGUGCGGCUCGCAGGGGGCUGGGCCCGGCCCGGCGCGGCGGAUGGAGGCGGCAGGCAGGGGCCGCCCGCGCUGAGACAGGCGGGCCGCGCGUGCCCCGGCCGGCAUGGAGAUCGGGCGCUGCGGGGAGCCGGAGGCGAGCAGAAAGGAGCAUUGGAAACUACUGGGCAAUUUGAAGACCACCGUAGAGGGAUUGGUGUCCAGCAACAACCCGAACGUCUGGUCUAAGUAUGGCGGCUUGAAGCGGCUGUGCAGGGAUAUGCACAGCAUCCUCUAUCACGGGCUCAUCCACGAUAAGGUGUACUGCAGGCAGAAGGAUUACUGGCAGUUUGUGAAAGACAUCCGCCAGCUGAGCCCGCGCUCUGCUCAUCACGUGGAGAAGUUCAUCAGCCUGCACGAGAAUGGGCAGCCAAGCGCAGAUGGCGUAGGUGAUCAAGCCAUAGCGGAGCUGUGGCUACAGCACAGUCUGCAGUUCCACUGCCUCUCCGCACAGCUGAAGCCGCUGCUUGAGAACAGACAGUACAUCAGGAAAUUCUACACAGACGCUGCCUUCCUGCUCAGUGACGCCCACGUCACAGCCAUGUUACAGUGCCUGGAGGCCGUGGAGCAGAACAACCCCCGACUUCUGGCUCAGAUUGACACGUCCAUGUUUCUCAGAAGGAGUGAGGCCCCACUGCCUGUUAUGAAGAGUCAAAGCCUGACAGCCCUCCCUGGUUCUGUAUGUAACCCUCCUAUGGACUACACACAGCACAGGUACUUUGGAUCCUUCUCCAGUCUGCACCAACCAGCCUCCAGCAGCAUGUCAGACAGGAGACCGGCAAGCUCCUCCGUGUGCAGCAGCACGAGCCAGCCUCUGGAAAAUGCCCUGUACAACGUAUCCCUCUUGCUGCCUGAGGACAGAUCCCCUCUGGGCCAACCUGGCCUCCCCCGGCUCAGUGCUUCCUCCCCCAGAGACUCCUUCUCUUCAGUCAGCGAGAUGAGCACCAGCACUGUGACCAGCCAGAGCGAGGACCUCUGGGCAGGUAGCCAGGAUGACACCCAGAGCGACACCAAUGACGGGCCGGAGUAUCUGGCCAUUGGGAACCUGGGGCGGCAGGGCCGGGCCUGUAGCAGCCAGAGCAGCGCCAGCAGUAGCACCACCAACAGCAACAAGAGCAGCAGUUCCAACCUGUUCUCAUCCAGCAGCUCCCAGAAGCCGGAGUCCAUCUCCUCCUUGGAGGAUCAGGGUGCGAGCGGCGGCAGCCGAGGGAUGAGCCUCUUGCGCAGGUCCAGCUUUUCGGAGGGGCAGACAUCAACCCCCCAAGGGAUCCUCAAGAGAAGCCAUGCACGCUCGCACUCCGAUACCAACGUGGCCUCUGGGAAAACUCCCGGAGGCCUCAGGGAUAUCACCAUUAUAAUAGAAGAUCCAGUGGCAGAAUCCCAGGGUGACGCCUUGAGGGUGCCGGGUCAUGUCUCUGGCUCCACCCAGAGCAGCGAAGUGAGCACGCCCAGCUCCCUCUACAUGGAGUACGAUGCUGGCCAGUACCUGAGUUCGGGGGAAGGGAUGUUCCGAAGACCCUCGGAAGGACAGUCCCUGAUCAGUUACCUGUCUGAGCAGGACUUCGGCAGCUGUGCAGACCUGGAGAAGGAAAACGCUCACUUCAGCAUCUCUGAAUCGCUGAUCGCUGCCAUCGAGCUGAUGAAAUGCAACGUGAUGAACCGGCGGCUGGAGGAGGAGGAAGAGGAGAGUGACAAGGAGAUCCAGGAACUCAAGCAGAAGAUUCGCAUCCGGCGCCAGCAAAUCCGCACCAAACACGUGCUCCCUGCCUACCGGGAGGUGGGCUCCGACAGCUUCGUGGCUACAGACAGUGAGUCCCAGUUCAGCUCCCGUGACUCCAUGUGGCUGUCUGACUCGGGCUCAGCGGAGGACGUGGAGGAGUAUGAGAUAAGAGAUGGUAACGAUGGAUCUAACCUGAUUCAAAUGUCCAAGAACGGGCUGUCAGUGUCAAUGGCUUCCUUGUUUUCAGAUGCGGACAUCAAGCGGGAUGCAGCGUCUAGCAGGAAGUCUUUCCUCUCCUCGGAAUCCAUAUCCCACUCCUUCCUCCAUUCGAACUCAGCGGAGGCCGUGGCCAUGGGCCUGCUGAAGCAGUUUGAAGGGAUGCAGCUCCCAGCCGCUUCUGAACUGGACUGGCUCGUCCCAGAGCAGGAUGCCCCCCAGAAGCUCCUGCCAAUUCCGGACUCUCUGCCCAUCUCGCCCGACGACGGAGAGCACGCCGACAUCUACAAGCUCCGAAUCCGGGUCCGCGGGAACCUGGAGUGGGCCCCCCCCCGGCCGCAGAUCAUCUUCAACAUUCACCCAGCCCCAACGAGGAAGGUGGCUGUAGCCAAGCAGAAUUACCGCUGCGCAGGCUGCGGCAUCCGGACAGAGCCCGAUUACAUCAAACGGCUGCGGUACUGCGAGUACCUGGGCAAGUACUUCUGCCAGUGCUGCCACGAGAACACCCAGAUGGUCAUUCCCAGCCGCAUCCUGCGUAAGUGGGACUUCAGCAAGUACUACGUCAGCAACUUCUCCAGGGACCUGCUGAGCAAGAUCUGGAGCGACCCGCUCUUCAGUGUGCAGGACCUCAACGCCGCUCUGUACCGGAAGGUGAAGGCGCUGAAUCAAGUCAGGCUGUUGAGAAUCCAGCUGUUUCAUUUGAAGAACAUGUUUAAGACCUGCCGACUAGCUAAAGAGCUCCUGGAUUCCUUCGACACAGUGCCAGGUCAUUUGACGGAGGAUCUCCACCUCUACUCCUUAAAUGACCUGAAUGCCACUAAGAAGGGGGAGCUGGUUCCCCGCCUGAUGGAUCUCAUAAAGGCAGGUACCCUGCACGUUGAGAGAUGCAUGCUGUGCCAAGCCAAAGGCUUCAUCUGUGAGUUCUGUCAAAAGGAGGAGGACAUCAUCUUCCCCUUCGAACUGAACAAGUGCAGGACGUGUGAAGAGUGCAAGGCCUGCUACCACAAGUCCUGCUUCAAAUCGGGCUGCUGCCCUCGGUGCGAGCGCCUGCAGGCCAGGAGAGAGCUGCUGGCCAAGCAGAGCCUGGAGUCCUACAUCUCUGACUACGAGGAGGAGCCGCCAGAGGCAGUGGCCGCGACCUGAGGGGGAAGAGGAGACCAGUGGAUGUAUUUGUGUGCGUGGCCUUCGUCACCAGAGACUAAACGAAGGACUAACCUGACUCUUUCACAUUAAAGGAGCCCGGUGGGAGGGCUGAAUCGUGGGAGAUCUCGGAGCAGCAUGACAGGAUCUGCUUGGUUUGCUUCAAGAGAGCCAGUUUCUGUGCACUCUACACGAUGGUGUUGGGGACGGCGGACUCCGGACGCUAGUUCUUGCAGUCGUGACCCUGCGAGGUAGACACGCUGUUGCCUUCGUGCUGGGUCCGGCGGCGAAUCCUCUCUGUGCCACACUCCGAGCGCAAUGAGCGUUCGUAUGCCUGUCCCCUUAGGGAGGAGCUCAGCCAGAUGCUGUGUUAGCCAGGAACUGCACUCUCCUCCCUGAAGAAGGUUCUUGGGGAGCUUCCACCAGGUAGGAGGUGAAAGCUCCUGGCUAGCUCAGCUCUCCAGGGGGGAGUAACUGGAGUCCUGCUGCUGCCUUGGGGCAAAAGAGAAGGGGCUUUUGCCAAGUCCUCUGCCUAUAACACACCGUAUCCUUUGCUGCUGACGUGAUCUUUUUAAUUGGCCCUUCUUCAGAACUGAUAUGACUUGAUUUGGGGGUGGGAGGAAGCAGCAGCAGCAGCAAUCAGCGCCUUGUCCUCUGCCUGGCGGGAGCCAUCACGAACUCUGGAUACCCGCUGGGCUGGCAGAUCAGGCUAGAGCAUGCAGAUUGUAUGUGACAAAGGGAUUGAUCUGAUUUUUCCCUGCUUUAGCUGCAUGCAGGCUGGAGGAGAGAUCUGUGCCAGUCGCUGUUGGGAGCAGCCCGUCUCCGCUAUUGAUGUUCGGUUCCUCAGACUGUACCUGGUGCUGACGGAGCUCCCGCCUGCUGGUUGAAGGGCUGGGCUUGUCGGCCCAGAGGCGUGAUUGCCACCUUUCCCGCAGCGCUAGGUGCUGGGAGAUCGCCCUGUGCGAUGCUCUGGCACUGGCAGCAGGUGAACGAGUGGCUUCCACUCUCUGGGCCGGAAGGCGGGGAGGCCACAGACAAUGAGGAAGCUGCAUGCCCAGCCCAGGGAGAGGAAACGCCUUAGCUGAGCCGGAGGAAGCAGCUGGUCUGAAACCGGCUUCUCUCUGCUGAUCUUGCAGGAGAUGGGCUGCUGAGUGCUGCUGUUACCCUGGACUGGGGGCUGUGUUUGCAUGUGUCUGUCUGCCGGGGCAGGGGGGCUGGGCAGUUACUCUUAGACCCAAGAGCAAGGAUCAGUUUGAACAGAGCCAGAGCUCAAUCCCCGGGGUGCCAGGCGGAGUGGGGGCUCCUGCACCAGGCCCAGUGAGGAACCUGCCCGCCAGCGCCUGGGGGAGCAGACGGUGUGUGCUGUGGUGCUGCCCCCGUAGCAUUGAACGCUCAGCUUGCCUUGUGGCGCUGUGAGGACCCCAUCCUCGCUCGUGGCCCAUGAGGUGUAGCCAGGCGGCUUAGCUAGAAGCAAACAUCUGGGACCGCUGGAGACCUGUAGGGGCACAGGCCUGGAUCUCUGCCUCGUGCUGGGCACUCAGGUGACUCCACAUGACACUCACCCCCCCACUAUUUCAGAGCUUGAUGAAGCCACAGUCAGUCUCAGUGGAGCCUUUCUCCCAUCCAUGCUGCACCCUCGGUGUAAUGUGUCCUCCCUGCAGUGGAUUCUGGCCAGGCCCGUUCCAGACCUUGGCAUCGGUGUGUCAGGCCUGCCAGUUUGUGCUGGGCUCCCCUGAUGCUGUGUGGCCCCAGGCUGUUCUGUGACAUGCAUCUUUCACCUCCCGCUAGCAGUCCAGUACCUGCUGGAUCGAACGCUCGGGGAGGCAGACAGAGCAGCAGCUGAGCAGGCGUCACGCUUCAGCCAGCUCCCUUGGCUUCUGGAUGAGAGCUGCACUUCUCAUCUCCCUGGAUCAGGCGCCCUUGGGAGUGACCGCGUAAUGAGCGUCUCUAGCAGGACGGCCAAUGUCCUGGUAAAGGAGCCGCCCCCGAGCGCCCUAGCCUUGUGAUGCGGAGCGCCACGAAGUCAAGAGAUUAGCCUGGUCCAGAGCUUCUCCCCAGGACCCCACGCUCCUCAGUCACUUGCCGUGUGUUUGUGUGGAGGGAUGUGAUGGUCCACAGUGCCCACUGGCUGCCCCCGGCCCAGCGUUCCUCAGAGCUGGUAUCAGAUCAGUCCCCAGAGCAGGUGUAAAGCUGUCGAUUUGCCAUCCGGAGCCCCCACAGAGCCGGUGCCCCGGGCCAGCUCCUCUUCUCAGUGUAUCAUCUCAGCUGGGCUGAUCUUCAUGUACAUAGCGUUGUUUUAAGUUGAUCUCUUUUAAAGGCAGUUGCUCCUGUCUUUUUAACAAGCUGCUUUCGUUUGAGUUGGUCACUUGGGGCCAGAUUUUAAAGCUAUGUAGGUGCCUAACUCGCGUUGAUUUCAGUGGGAGCACGGCACCCCACAUCUUUAAAAACCUGGCCCUUAGUGUCCAUCGCCAGCAGCACGGGAGGCCUGGCAUGGACAAAUUGCACUCCUCCAGCUCUUCAUGCCAGCGCCGUCUGGGGAAAGCUCCUGGCACCCAGCUGAGCCUGGGCAGAGCCCUGUGGCGUGGCACAGAUGGGCAGCGUACUGGUAGUUGGUGUGAUUUGGGGGAGUGUCCAGAGAGCCUAUAAUGCGGCUCGCAGGUUCCUUCAAUAUGGAGAUGCAGCCUGUAGCGACUCCCCGUUGGGGUAUCCAGUGCUCCCUCGGGGCUGCACGCGGCGAGUGGACGCUGGGGCUUGUGCUCUCUGCAGGUAGCGGCUGAUCUUGGCUCCGGUUUGUGGAGGAUGGGCGUGUCCCUCGGCACAUGGGCACGUUUCCAGCGCGGCCGUUGGCUGGGCGCUCCACGCAGUCGUGUACAUCGAAAGGCGCUGUUUGACUCGUGUACGUGUGAGAGGUGGGGGGUGGUGUAUUGCCUGGAAGUGGGGGUGAUGGUGGCGGCUCCCCCUCAGCUCCUGCCCUGAUUGGUGGCUGGCACUUCAGGCCAAACGCAGGGCGGUGACGGGGUUCUAGCCUCUCGUGGACCUGGCCCUGUUCACAGGGGCGGCUCUAGGCAUUUUGCCGCCCCAAGCACGGCAGGCAGGCGGCCUUCGGCAGCUUGCCUGCGGGAGGUCCCCGGUCCUGUGGAUUCGGUGGCGUGCCUGCGGGAGGUCCGCC